CGAUUCGCAAUUUACGAACCGUUUCUCAAAAGUAACGAGUCGAUGUAUGAGAAAAAAUUCAAAACAACGAAUCACUUCUUACGCAAUUUUCUAUUCUAUGAUUUUUUAUUUACCACGAUAAUUACUUUUGUGUUAAAAAAUGAAAGAAAAUACAUUCAAUUGCAACAUGUACACCAUGUGGUCAGUUUCUUUUCAAAAGAUGACAUGGUUUCUACAAAGGUAUCACACUUUUAUCAAUUGUGAAUUCAUAAAUGAAAGAAGUAAUUGGUUAACAUAUGAACCAGGUUAAAAAAAUGUUUUUUCGAAAAAAAUGAUCUUUUUCUGAGUUGUUCAUUCAAAGGUUGUCUAUCGUAUGUGAGGUGUAAAUAUUUUUCAUUGAAUAUAUUUAAAUGAUGGCUUCGUUAAAAACAGUCAGAAAUUGGGAAAGAGAAUUCAAAUCUAAAUUCGAUUUCGAUAUUGUUGGAGGCAAAGUGACGACAUUGAGAUGCCAGGUGUGUCAGCGAUGGGAGAGUCGCAUUAAAAACAGUACAAAUUUCUCCCGCAAAUGGAUAGCUGGAAGUCGUAGUGUGACGAAGGAUAGCGUACAAAAACAUACUAACAGUCAACAACAUAAGGAAGCCGUCGAGCUCAAAAAAAGAAGUGAGAUGGGUGCUGAAGUAUAUGCUCAAUCAGUGCUCACAACAACACCUAUCGGAAGUGGUUUACGAAAAAUGGCUGCGAGUGACAAGAAAAACCUUCGCGUCAAAUUCAACACGGCCUAUUAUGUCGCCAAAAAAGAGCGUCCUUUCAGUGACUACCCUGACUUGCUAAAACUUCAGUUAAAGAAUAAUGUUCCGAAGUUUGGAGAAAGUUAUAAACACGAAAGAGCUGCUGCUACUUUCACCGAACACAUAGCCAAGGUGGACAAAGAAAACCUUGGUAAAACUCUAGCUAAGACACGCUACUAUUCUCUCUUGAAUGAUGGUAGUACGGACACAGGGAUUUGUGAGCAAGAAUUGGUCUACGUGUUGUACUUGCACGAGGGGACAGCACUCGUUAAAUUUUUAAGUAUCGAGACACCUAAAUGUGGAGAUGCGCCUGGUAUUCUAGAGGCGAUUGACAGUGCUUUCCAGCGUAUUGGCAUAUUGAAUUUCAACCAAAGACUUGUUGGUUUUAAUGCAGACGGCGCUAGUGUAAAUAUGGGAAAAAAAAAAGGUGAGGAAAUCACGUUCUUACUAGCCUAUUUCAUCGACGCAAACUUACUGCGUUCUUGUCACGAAAACACGUCUGAAUAAUUUCUCAUCAUGGUCAAACAAUGUUUUGAGAACGUUUCGUAAACAUGCUGCAUGAAUUUUCUCUUCUUUUUCUUCAGAAUUAAUAAACAACACGUGCCUGACUUAACUAUUACGACAUCAAUUUAAAAAUAAUCUUUUUUCUUAAUACCCAUUGUGUCACUCUCCUUCAGCAAAUAUUACUGUUUGCGAAUCUUUGCGAAUCUUUUCUUCGCCCACUUUGCCGUCACACGGCAAGCACUUCUCCAUGGAGUGCAAGGCUCUUCUACGCGUUUCCAAAUUUUCUUCUUCUUUAUUCUUUUAUCUUCUGUUCACAAUAAUCCUUCAGAUAUUCGGCUAUCCGUUUCACUUCUUCAUCUGUUCCGUUCUUUAUCGAUCCAAUGUUUCCUCCUUUUCUUCCUACUACUUUCUCCACUUCCUCGCAUUCCAGCACGUGUUCAGUUGUUUCCUCUGUCGCUUUACAUCCUUUGCACCUCCUUUCUACUCCUCCAAGAUUUCUUCCUAUAUCCCACAUUUCUAACCUCGUUCUUAACACCAUCAUCGCUUCCCUGACUCCCAAUCUACCAGUGUAUAAUAAUAAAUCUAAAAGACCAAUACUCCAAACAAUAAAUCAAUGUAUCUCACAAAUAG